AUGGGACCUGAAGCUCGGCCGAUGAAACGCAAGCUCUCGAUGGAUGAAACUGCUGUCGCAUUCCCACAGAAGAAGGCGGUGAAGACAGGAGCGCUGAGGCAAGCGACGCCAAAGGCACCAACAUUGAGGGCGACAGCAAGAAACGAGUCGCCGUCAUGCCCUUUAACAAGGAUACUUGGCCAGUACGGCCUUCUGGAAUCUAUUACUUCCUGCUUGUUACCCAGCGACCUCCUCUCUCUUGCGUUGUCCUGUAAAGCAACACACAACGCCAUGUUCCCUCGUCCGGGAAGUGUCGACAACUUAUUGAGCAAACUGCGCUGCAGCGGUAACGGCGUCGCGGUCCGAAAACGGCACCAUAAAAGGUCUACCUUCUUCUAUGCCUACGAGUGCACUGAAUAUGCAUAUUGCAGCACCACCUCUCGCCGCUCGAAUGUCGAGUCACGACCAUGCAUUAGCUGCAAAGUCACCACCUGCGACGAAUGCCGCAUCCACUGCGUCUACCAAUCCAUCUACGAGGCACCAAGCGAUCCUAAUGACCUCCCAAACUUCUCCGGCUUUGUAUUGCUGGACCCUUUCGAAGUCGCUAUCCUGAGCCCGCACCACCUCCCCAGGGAACUCGCUGGACUGCCUGCCUGGCGAAACCCAGCAACCGAUAGUACAGCCGGUCCGUAUCAUGAUCAGGGCUUCCUCGACAUGCCUCUCGAUUCCGAUCAGGCUGCCGCGCCAGAGAAGAUCAGCGACGUCUUGGACAUCGAUCUAGGAAUCGUCUCGCUGCGCACGUGGUCUGCCUCGAGCCAGUUCGGUUUCCCGUCCCCCGUACUUCGGUCGCUCUGCAAGACAGUCGAAGAGCGAAAGCUGAUGCUCUGCGAGUUUUGUUCCAUGGAAGCGCCGAAAGGAUACAAAGCCAUAGUCCCCGAGCUGCCGAGGCUGCCGUGGCUCAGCAAACAGAUCGACAGAAGCGCACAGGUCCUGAGGGAGUGUCACUGUUCGCUGCGAAGCCGUAUUCUGGAUCGCUGGCAGUGUGUGAAGUGCUACGAAAAUGAAGAGUCAACCAUGCGUAGUAUUGCGAGCAUAGCUCCGGGGUCAGAUACAUGCAUGUGUCGGUGUGGACACUAUGCGAAGAGGGCUGUUUGUAUGUGGUGCUGGGGUGACAUCAUCGAGAGUGGAGAUGUCUAUGAGUACGCCCGUACUUGA